CCUUUACAUGAAUCCUUCUCCUACAUGAAUUUCCCUUCAAGUCAUCCCCUUUUGCAUCAUCAACUCGUAUUUUCCCUUUGCUCCCUACUUCCAUUUCCUGGUCUUAUCUUUCAUAUUACACAACUGCAAUGGCUCAUCAUCACGAUGAAACUAACCCACAUUUUGUUGAUCCUGAAGAACUAACAGAGGAGCAACGUCAGUAUCUACCAUCUACUUUGUUGCCGCGACGAGAUCAUACCCACCGUAUCCCGUCACGUGGUCGUCAUGACCGACAACCUCAGCCAAGACAAUCUCAGGAGGAACGUCCGCGGCCGCUUGGUCCGUCUCCACCGCAACCACCUCAUGAAGGCCAACCUCACUUGCCAUUGCAUGUAUGGGUGCCACCGGUACAUCAUGAGGACCAAUCUCAACCUCAGUCGCAACCUCGUCAAGGCCAACGGCAGCCGCUUGAAAUGUGGGUUCCCCCAACCUCAAAGACUCAAGUUCCAGCGCCGAAGAAGGAGAAAAGUCGGCCACGUAAGGAAGUUGGGAUGCAACCACAGCUUCAAGACCAACAUCCUGAAGCGUCAUUGGUAAGACCACAGGCGGAACACCAGCCUAGUCCAGUAACAAUGACACCACUGCACCAUGAUCGACAACCCCAAGAGCUACGCCCCCGCUCUCGUCUUCUCCCACAAGACCGUCGAACCAAACCACAUACAUGGUUUGGGGCAGUUUUCUGUAUAAUAUUUUGGCUAGUCAUUAUAAUAGGAGGCAUAAUCGUGCUUAUAGUCUAUCUCGUCUUUCGGCCACGUAGCCCACAUUUUGAUGUGAUUAGCGUGACCUGGAAUGCAGCUUACCUGGACAUGGGUAACCUGCUCAAUGCUGAUCUUACAGUGCUGGCUAACUUCACAAAUCCAAACAAGAAAGUCAGCGUGGAUUUCAGUUACUUGUACCUGGAUCUUUACUUCGAGAAUACCCUGAUUGCCACCCAAUACAUAGAACCAUUCUCGGCAACAAGGGGUCAGUCCAUAUUUGCAAAUAUCCACAUGGUGAGCAGUCAGGUUAAGUUGUCGAUGAAAGAAAGCAUGCUGCUCCAAAAGCAGAUCCAGAACAACCGAGUCAUUUUUACAGUAAAGGGGAUGUUUCGAGCGCGAUCCAAUCUCGGAAGUUUCUUGAAAUAUUCGUAUUGGUUGCACGGUCAAUGUGGCAUAAUGCUGUCCAGCCCCCCAACUGGGGUCCUUCGAGAUAAAAAAUGCAAGACCAAACACUGACCGCAAUCAUUUGUUUCUAUUUAUUUUUUUGGUUCAAAGCUCAUUGUAAUAAUAUCUUGAAAUUAGAUUUUGCUCUUUCUUGAAACAAAGAACACUUUGAAGAAGCCUUUUCAUAUAUAUCAAAAUUGAUUUAUUUUUUUUUUGCAAA